UCGGCUUCUUCCAUGACCCGUUGGUAUACGGAUCGACGGCCUUCGUCCCGGUGCCGGGAUCGCCGCUCGGCCCUAGGCGCCGCUCGGCUCCUUCUUUCCCACUGCAAAAACCAUCGCCAAGCUACACAGCAUUGCUGUUCAAAGUGAUUGUCAUCAUGGCGGGGUAUGAUUUUGGACCAUACAAUAUGUACACUUUCUCGUCCGCGGAGUCGAGGUGGAGCACACCUAGAAGGUGCUUUCAACGUCUAGACUAUGAUUUCGUCCAGUAUGGCAGUCCUGUCGUGUCCCCGGGCAAGCUACAGAUCUCUACACGUCAAGGUGAAGAAGGGCGUGGCAAUAGCCUUGCUAACGUGCUAGUACAUACGAAGGUCGUAGAGCUCAAACACAAACCGCCGCAGACCACCAAACCACUCUCCAUGUAUGUGGGCGAGAAUAGCGCGACACUGUUUGUCACAGACCGACGAGGGUUCACGUGCACUAUCAACCUCAAAACAGGAACAGUUGAUGAGUUCACGGGCAUGUCGGGCAACUAUGAAUUACAGGCCGUUGUGCCUUUCGAGAUCGAUUGGCCUGCCUUCUUCGUGUCUUGCUUGGACGCCCAUUGAAGACAUACCCCGGACUCCUAUAUUGUUUAAUUAGUAUUUAAUUUUGAUAAUAGAUAUGCAGCUUAAAGUUGAGUUUGUAAGCUACUA